AUGGACCCGGGUGCAUUUUAUGGUAAAAGAGCCGCAAAGGUGCCUCCCGAAUACAGCGAUGACUCGGACCUGGAAUCGAGCGAUGACGAACCAGAAAAUGCUGCUUCAGCCCGGGCAGUUGGUCGCGCCAUGCCAGAGUGGAAGGAUGUGCCGCCCUGUCCAUCCCCGGUGGAGUCUCCCAUCGACUAUUUCAGAAGAUUUUUUGAUAUGGACUUUUUGUCUUUCAUCUGUGAACAGUCAUCGCUCUACAGUGCUCAGAGGAACCCCAACAAAGUUACAGCACUGACUGUAAAUGAUUUAGAGCAGUUUAUGGGCAUAGUGUUCACUAUGUCGGUUAUGAAGCUGCCCAAAACGCGUAUGUACUGGUCUGACAGGUUCCGUAUCAGUCAAUUGGCCGACACGCAGACGAGGGACAGAUGGGAGGAAGUGAAGCAGUCACUGCAUUUCAACGACAACCAGGAGGCACCAGACCAGAAUGACCCAGAUCGCGACAGGCUGUACAAAGUGCGGCCCCUGUUGGACCAUCUGAUAGCGAAAUGCCGUGAACUACCGAAAUCCCCAAAACUAUGCGUAGAUGAGCAGUUAUUCCCCUUCAAAGGCCGCAGCUCACUGAAGCAAUACUUGCCAAACAAGCCCAAAAAAUGGGGCUACAAACUCUUCCUGCUCUGUGACGAAUGCGGACUCAUGUACAACUUUGAAGUAUACGCGGGAAAGAUCCUUCCGCAGCCGGGUUUUCCAGACAUCGGCGCCAACGGCAACAUAGUUCUCAGAAUGGCGAGUGUCGUGCCACGUGACCUCGACUACAUUCUGUACUUUGAUAACUGGUUUUGUAGUGUGGACUUGCAAGUGGUACUAAAAAAAGUUGCCAUCAGUUCUGUGGGCACAGUGCGGGAGGCUCGCUUGAAAGGAUGCAAACUUCCAUCCGAUAAAGAGCUAAAGAGGAAAGGCCGUGGCUCUUAUGUUGAGAUGGAGACGACGUUUGAAGGAGUGAACUUGAGGGCUGUGAAGUGGUUUGACAACCGCCACGUGACCCUUCUGCCAUCAUUUGCUUCUGCAUUGCCAGAUCAUCCUGUGAAGCGCUUUGACAAAAAGACACGGACAACGGUGAAUGUGCCUCGUCCUUCAAUUGUAGCUGUCUACAAUGAGUCUAUGGGUGGCGUAGAUCUUAUGGACAUGCUCAUAGCACUUUACCGCAUCCAACUAAGAUCUAAAAAAUGGUACAGGCGGCUAUUCUUUCAUCUGUUGGAUGUAGUAGUCGUGAACUGCUGGCUCCUGUACCGCCGAGAAGCCACCGCCGCUGAUGUGCCACGCAAAGACCAAAUGACACUCCUCUCCUUCAAGGCAGGGAAAGAGUGCCUGUACAAGUUUCAUACUGACCCGUAG